ACGAAGUCUCCAAACGCCAAGUUUUAAGUGAGAAUAAAGAGAGAAUCAAUGAUAAAACUCUGACUGAUUGUUGCGCGACGAGACCGUAAACCUACUUUGAAUUCUUGACUGAGAGAGAGAUACAGUCCAAACUUCAGACCGAACCGUUUCUGAUAUCCCCAUGUUUAAAUUCUCGAGCACAUCAUCGAGCUGGCAUCCCCACCACUCACAGAGAAGAUGAAAAGAUCAGAAAAUCUGUCUUGAAAGAGAGAAUUUCGCCCAAAAACCAGAAGGUCUUUCUGGGUUUUGUUCGUGAUAUGAUUUGAAGCAUACCCAGAAGCUAACUAGGCUCAAAACCUCUCAAUUCAUUGCAAAUUCGACCAAAACUAUAUUGCAUCUUUGGAUUGAUUGCCGAUUUUAUAUAUUAGGAGCACCCAAGAAUCAGAUUUCUGAUUUGGUUAUAUCUUUAUGAGGAAAUCAAGAAAGGGUUGGGAAAUAAAAUUAUAUUUUUGAAUCGGGCUCAUUUUGUUUCGGAGGAACAUGAAUUUUAGGAGCUUAGACGAGUUUUGGGCUUUCUAUGUGAACCAACACUCCAAACCAUCCACACGGCGUUGGCAUUUUGUGGGCACGCUUAUUGGUAUUUUCUUCUCGCUUUGCUCAGUGAUCUUCAGCUGGUGGUUUUUGUUCCUUGUGCCCUCCUUUGGGUAUGGAUUGGCCUGGUACAGCCAUUUCUUUGUCGAAGGGAACGUUCCGGCCACGUUCGGGCAUCCGUUUUGGUCUUUUAUAUGUGAUCUCAAGAUGUUUGGAUUGAUGCUUACAGGGAAAAUGGAUAAGGAGAUCAAGAGGCUUGGAAAGAGGCCUGUGUUGCAGGUCUUUUAAUCUAAAACAGGAAAAAUAUCCUUCAACUGAUGUCUCCCAAUGGAUUAGCCAAAACUACUCCAGUUUUGCUCAACCCGACAAAGCAUUGUUCGACUAUGGAGUUAGGCACACAAACCUGAAGUAGAUUAAAUAAUGGGUUGAAGGGUUAAGCUGAGGUUAAAGCAUGGAGGAGAUAUGCUCAUGACCUUGUUUCAGAUAUUGUUAGUUACCCUAUUGCCAAAGCGUGGAACUGCCUGCUCAUAAAUAAAUGUAAAGCUCGAAAAGCAACACUAAAUUAGAGAGCAACAUGGAUUGCGAUUUCCUCUUCCUUGGA